CGCGUGUUUUGUCAGGGCGCCUGCCGGAGCCCUGACAUGCGAGGCGGCCGACACCCUGAGCUGCCUGAUGGCGGGCGGCUCGGAGGAGCUCGUCAGCAGAGUGAUUCGUGUCAAAGUUCGGGACGGAGACGGCUUCCGCUUCCCCGUCACCGUGGCCGUGCCCUUCUGCGUGCGCCAUCGCAGCGGCCACAGAGAGGUUGCGGUGAAGGUCGUUGACGAGGAGGAGAGAGUCAGCUACAUCGCCCCGGCGACGACGGAGGAAGUGCAUGGAGGCCAAAAGGGUUGCUUUGCAGAGGUGAAGGUGUACUCCUUGGGCAUAUUUGCUGUAGUUUCACGUCCAAAAAGAGAAAUGUACAACGUUCCCAGGAAGGGGUUGUCACUAAAAAUCCCCAUGGACCCUCGGAUCUGUCUGGACUACCUCCCAGGAUCCUUCACUGCUCCAGUAAUGGCCCAAACAAUGGUCCAGCCGGUGGACGCCGUCCUUCUGGCGGCCGUCAAGUCCAGGAACGACGCCUACGAGUCGGUGGUGUCAGCCAGCCCGCUGCUCCACCUCACCCACCCUAAGUCGCAGCCACUUAGGAGACCCCUCACGAUUACGCUUCCGUGUCCGCCAAGCUAUGAGAAAAAGGAGGGAAAAAGGAGGAAGGAAAGAAAAGCACACCAGGUUGGGGCUCCUGGUGAUCCCUCGAUUCCCUCGGGCAAAACAAGAAUCCUUGGUGCUUAUCUGAGAUCUAACGAGACGUCCAACGAGUUGCUGGUUGUUCUCGGCUCAAGAGACAAACAGUGGACUGUCCUUGAGAAAAUAGUCACCAGGAACCAAAAGAACGGACUGGUGUCCUUUGAUCUGAUAGAAAACUUUGACAGACUCCUCGCAGUUCGUCUCCUGUCACCACUGCAGCCUUGCCGCCUCAUUGCGCUGGCCGAGGAGCUGGAGGCCUCGGCCUGCCGCCACCCGGUGACCGUCGUCCUCCGGCGUGGGCGGGGCGACCCUCACGCCGUCCUCCUGGCGGCGUUGCCUAGCAGAGACCUCGACUGGGAGCUGAACAGACUGCGGGCGGCCGGUGGCGCCGUGGAGACCUCCUCUGAGAUCUCCCUGUGUGAAGGAGAUCAGCUCCUCCUGCGCUUCAGUGGAAACAUCACAUCCACAGCCUUCACACAGAGCAACACGAGUGAGGAGUCACACGAGCGGCUGACCUUUCACUGUCAGCGGAGGAAUGAGCUGUUAGUGCGCCUAACCGAAGUGGACCCGUUUGGGAAUUACAGCUCGCCUUGCUACAAGGGCACGGCCCUGUUUUAUAGAGUCACCAGAGCUGAGCUGGAGCGGAGAGGGGACAAAGCUGUUCCGAAGGAUGCAAAGCUCCUGGCAGACCCAGUUUGUAAGCUGCCUCUGAGUUUACCAAAGAAAGCGAGAGUCAUCCAUCGGCCGGUUGCCGCCAGAGUGAAGAUAUCCGAGGAGGCAGAGCCUCUCUCGGACGCCCUUCUCCUCUGGCUGUCUGGGGAGCUGUCUCCGGAGGAGACGUCUCUGCUGGUGUCUUCCCUGCGUCUCAGUCGCAGCGCAGCCCGGCUGGUGAAGCUCCGCUCCAGGGACAGUCCGUCAGAACAGGCCUUUCGCGUCCUGGCCAUGUGGAGGCGAGCGCUGCCUGCCGUCACAUGCCACCCGAAGGCCUCCCAACUCGCUGGGAGCCUGGGCAGAAUAGGCAGACCGGAUCUGGCCCGAGAGGUGCUGCUGCGAGAGGCAGAACUUUCUGAAAGCAAGAAAUUUUAGAAAGUGAAAAAAAAAAAAUGGGGGGGAAAAACAUCACACCGGCUUAAUUUUAGGAGCAUGAUGUAGUAAUCGGUUUAUUCCACAAGAGGACAGUGUUGCACAGAGAGACAAUAUUGUGGAAAGAGGAAAGAGGUUCCUCUUUUGAUUUGGGGAGCAGCUUUUGUAGUAAAUGCAAUCUAGAUAUUUAAUUUUUAAUCAACAAAAGAAAUGAUUGUGAGAUUUCAGCUAAUUGCCCCGUACACCUCUCCCCAUCAUGUCUCAGGGACUUUCAGACAAUAUGGAGGACCUGAUCAGUCAAACGGUGUAGUGGGAUAUUAUUGGAACAAUCCUUUAUGCAUUAUUCCUGCAGUUCUUUGAUUUGUUUUACUUUAUGUUUAUAGAGCAAAGAAUUUCAGCUGGAUUGAAGUCUGACCAAGCUUUUUUUUUUUUUUUUUUUUUUUUUGAUUAUCUUUAGCAACACUGUCUUAAGUUAGCAUCUGUGCUGGGGUUUGUUGUUUUGUUUCAUAUGUCAGAGUCUGCAAAGCUAAGAGUUCAAGGGUGUUUGGUUAAAAAAAAAGAAAAAAAAAGAAAAAAAAAGAAAAGCAUCUUU